AUGGAGCCUUACGCUAAAGAAACUAUGAUCUCAUGGGUACUACAAGUUGACAUUGAUCCUGAGGAUGCAAAUAUCGAACAAAUGUCUAGGGACGAAACCAAUAAAUUUGGUAUAUUUUCUUGGGAAUUCGUCCGUCACCAUGGGCUGCACCUAUUCGGCACAACUUCCACAUGGUUCUUGUUGGACAUUGCUUUCUAUAGCCAGAAAGAUGUGUUCAGCGCAAUUGGAUGGAUACCAGCAGCCAAAACCAUGAAUGUCGUUCAAGAAGUUUACAAGAUUGCAAGAGCACAAACCUUGAUUGCACUACUUAGUACAGUGCCAGGGUACUGGUUCACCGUGGCGUUCAUCGAUGUAGUUGGAAGGAGCUUUGCCAAGAAGGCUUCCGACAAAUCUGCAUUUCUCUUGUACGUUGCUAAUUGA